GCCAUUCAUAUAGCCAAAAGGCCAAUACUUUUACGCCACGUCAGACGCAAGUGCUACGUGUCAUGCCAAGAUGAAAUGACAAGCUUGGCACUCGGUGCUUGCUUGCUUGUUAGUAGAAUCUGGAAUGAGAGAGGAGUUUUGUUUUGAGUUUGAAUUCUCUCUUUGUGUUGUAUGAGAUCUCAGAGUGACCCAACAACAACUCAGCCAUGAAUUCGAAAGAUGAAAACGUGGAGCUGAUUAACGAGGCCAUCAAGAGGCUCUUAGAGGAGAGGAAAAACAGAGAUGCCUCAGCUGAUGAUGAUGACGACCGCCGCCUCCUCGCCCGAUUGCUCUCUCAGGUAGAGUCGUUAAAAGGCAACGAGCGGCUUCAGAAACCCGAAGCUUUAACGAAAUCGGGAGAGGUAACUUCCUCUGCAGAUGGGGAUCAAUCGAAGCCGAAAAGCGAGAGUGGUGGUGACCAAGCAGAUGGAGAUGACGGUGGCUCCGAUGAAAUUGAUAGAGAAGAGAUAAUCAAAGAACUUAACAAGGUGAAGAGACAGAACACCAUCACCCACUGGCUUCUUUCCGUCAUGAUUGUGCUCACUGUUGCUUGGCAAGCCUCUGAGGUGACCCUUCUCUGGAAAUUUAAAGAUGGGUUGAGCCACCCGUUUAAAUGCAUUGGAGACAUGCUCACAGGGAAAGGGACAGGCAAGGACUCAGAAGAACACAAAAAAGAGGUUCCUCCUCUCCCUUGUCUCAACAUUCCUGAGCUCCCUCACGUGGAAUUGCCAGAUAUGGGUCUAACUGGUGAACGGCAUUGAGCAAAUUGCUUGCUUUUCAUCUGCUCUGGUUCAAAGAUUCAAUAAUGAGAGUGAAGAAGAGACUUUCGAUUUUAUGGGUUGACAUUUUUGAAACCCUCAGAUUUAAUCUUGGGAUUCGUGAGAGGAGAGCUGUGAAUUUUGCUACUUUUGCUAAAAGUUUAUUCAGCAAAUAGUCAAUAAGCAGAAUAGGAGUGGCCGUACUUGCACAAGCCUCUUCUUCUGAUGAAUAUCCGUGCUUGUGAUUUUUGAUUCAAUGCAAGAUUGAAAGUUCUGGAAACGAA